GGUGACGGUCACUCAACGUCAAGUCUCACAUGUCUCUUGCUCCUCCACCCACGCCUUUUCCGGCGGCUCUGCUGGUGGAUUUCUCACCGAAUAACCUUCACUUUUCCGUUAAAUUUCCUCUUUUCUACACAUUUUUCGACACUUUAAAACCCUACUUUUCCAUGAAAUUGGAGGUCCAUUCUCCCCUUUUAUACAACAAAGCCGAUUUCAGAACCCUAAUUUGAAUCCCUAGAUACUUGAUCAAUACAAAUGUUCCAAUUAAUUCUUGGUUUUGAUCUAUUGAUGGUUUGAUUUGUCUUAUUUUUUGGUUUCAAAAAUGGUAAAUUAUCAUUUGCAGGCAGUAAAAAUUGGAUUAUUGUUGGUUUGGCUAUGUGGGUUUGUCUUAAUUACAAUCUCCUUUUAUGCUACUACUCACAUAUUGCCUUCUUCUUCUUCCAUUAAAGAGCAUAUCAAGAAUCUUAAUGGUUCAGAGGGUCCUACUGUUACAAUAUUUGCAGCUGUUAGGCCUUUUAGUGGUUCAAUUGGGAGUAGACAGGUGUUAGCUAUUAGAUCAUGGCUUGGUUUAUCACUUGACAUAAGGGUUGUUCUUUUUGGCCAAGACCCUUCUCUUUUCUCUUUUGCAGGUUCUUUUGGACCUGGUUCUAGGGUUUCUGUUGAACCCACCAUUGAUUUCACAUUUUUAGGUACUCCAUUCUUUCAUUCAAUGGUUGCAAGAGCACAAACAUCAGAUUCCGAUAUAUCUGUUUUGAUGGAUUCUGAAACCAUUCUUUUGCCGGACUUCUUUUCAACGUUGAGCUAUGUUCAUAGACUCGACCAUGACUGGCUCGUAAUUGCUUCACCAAAAAAUGUAUCAGAAUUCCCAUUUCAAUUGGAUAUAGACGGAAAACAUUGGCUAGGGAACAACGGUAAAAGAAUUAAAACGAAAAAGUUGCAGGACUUUCUUUCUCAUGGGUCGUGGGAACAUUGUGAUGACAAGAAGACGAUUAUGGCAUGGAAUAACGGAGAUCUUCCUUUGCAUAACGGAGUUCUUCCCCCAUUUUUGUAUGGGAAAGGUUUUCACAACUUUUGGGUCGUUAAUGAGGCUUUGUCCUCUGAUUUUAGAUUUGUAUUUGAUGCCAGUUGGACCGUCUCAAGUUUCUUUAUUAAUGAUCUUGAUGGUGGCAACAAUAUAGAAUCAAGAAAUUGGGAGAAUGUGGGAAAUUCUCAUUUGGGUGCUUUAUAUGGAUCGUUAUUCUUCCGUGAAGCCGGUUACUCCAACAUGGUCAAACUUUUCAAAUGUGGCGGUCACUACCAUUUCGGAAGUACUAAAGAGAACAUUGUUUACCCAUUAGGAUCGCCUAAAGGAUUAAGCUUUAAUGAUUUAGGGGUAUUUAGAUUCACGAAAUAUACAAAACUUUUGAGUUGUUUUGAUAAAAUGAAGUCACUAGCGGGAAAUGUAGGCUGUUCAAGAAAGAACCAAUUGACGUCAUUAGAGCCACUAGCCCUUCCAUAUUCUUUAGAGCUUCUCCUAUCCAAACGUGCUGACCAGAAUAAGACGAUUGUGCUAGCAGUUGCGGGAUAUAGUUAUAAAGAUAUGUUAAUGAGUUGGGUAUGUAGGUUACACCUCCUUCACGUCACAAACUUUGUGGUUUGUGCCCUUGAUGAUGAAAUAUACGACUUCUGUAUCUUGCAGGGAUUGCCUGUUUUUAGAGAUAGAUUAGCUCCAACCAAUAUCAGCUAUAAUGACUGCCACUUUGGAACAAAUUGCUUUCAAAGGGUAACUAAAGUGAAAUCGAGAGUGGUUUUGCAAAUACUGAAGCUGGGAUAUAACUUGCUAAUGAGCGAUGUCGAUGUUUAUUGGUUCAAGAAUCCUUUGCCACUGCUUUCAGCUUUCGGUCCUGCAGUUUUCGUGGCUCAGUCCGAUGAGUACAAAAUCACAGGGCCAAUAAAUUUGCCACGACGCCUAAACUCCGGCUUUUACUACGCUCACUCCGAUGGUUCAACAAUUGCUGCUUUGGAUAAGGUAGUAAAGCAUGCAUCUUUAUCAAAUCUUUCGGAACAACCAAGUUUUUAUGAUACGUUGUGUGGGUCGAACGGAUCCUACCGUGUAGGUGACGACAUGUGUCUAGAACCCGAAACAAAUCUUACUGUCCGUUUCUUGGAUAGAAACCUCUUUCCAAACGGGGCCUACCAAGACCUAUGGGACUCGAGUAAUGUUUCGUUAACGUGCAUGGAAAAGGGUUGUUUUGUGCUUCAUAAUAACUGGAUCAACGGGAGACAAAAGAAGCUCAAACGCCAGGUGUCAUCGGGCCUUUGGGAGUACGAUAUGAGCACGAGGAUGUGUUGGCAGAGCUGGCAAAGAUCCAAAUCCAUAAGUUAUUUCUAAAGAAUUACGGUUUUUCUUCGUGGGAUGUAUGAAAAAGAUCGCUGUUGAAAUGGUUGAUGUUUACAAAGAGGACAGUAGAUGCCGAACAACAAGGAGUUGCUAAAACUUCGGUUUUAUCAAAUGGGCCGGCCUUAGAAAAGCUAAUAAGAAGAAAAACCAAAGAUAAAGACAUGUUUUUGUCGGUUUUUAGUGGGUUAUAAUGGUUGAAAUCAGUAUCAAACGGGACUUUAGUUUCUUGAAAUGCUUAAGGAGUGUAUAGGUUCACUCUUCGGAGUCCAAUCAUCGAAUGGGGGGUCAAGAAAACCGAAAGAGGUAAAAGAUGCUUCCUUUUCUGUUGGGAAUAGUCUGAAUUCGAAGGAAUUUUGUGUCAGAGUUGUUCAUGCGGGUGGACGGGAAGAUCUUUAUCGAAAUCCAGUUGCGGUUUCUCACUUGAUGAAGAAAUAUCCGGGUAUGUCCGUUGCUCGGCCGGAGGUUUUCAAGAAUCCUCAUGAAGCUGUUUUAUCAGCACGGGCUAUGCUCUUGCCCGGUCAAAAGUACUAUUUAGUCCCUGUCACGACCUUAAAGAAGCUGAAAAAGAAACAUUCCGCCAAGAAGAACAAAUCAAUGGGAAAAAAGGGUCAAACUGUUGCUCCGGAUGAGUCUGAUGAUUCUAUCUGUUCAGCAAAAGAUUACUAUGUUUCCAAGGAGAAGUGGUCGAGACGCGUAGUUAAUAAACAUAUACAGUUAAACCGACAACUCGUGCCACCGGUCGUGAAGUCAAAAUCGUGGCGCGGGUCUGACUGGGAGCCGAGUCUAACGUCCAUCCAAGAACUCUCUCCGUGAGCAAUCGUCUUGAAACCACAUGAAACCGGUAUGUAGGUUAUCUGUUAUUGCUGAAUUUCACAUCUUCGUUUUUGAAAGUUAAACUGCAAAAUGAUAUUAUUCCAGUUGCUUUUGCAAUGUAACCGUGAUCUUUGUUCUAGUUUAUGGCAUUUUACGUUAUUGGAAUAUGUUAUUAUGGUAAGAUUCCACAUUGGUUGCC